AUAGUAACAAUUACACUUCAAUAUCAUAUAUGUUCUUUAACCAUAGAUCAAUAAUGCCUAUAAAAACCCCCAUGCAAGCAGGAGUACUUCGAAAACCAAACCACAAAAGUCUAUAAACCAGCAUAUAAACCAAACCAUAUGGCAUAUAUGUUCUUUCCCAUGAUGAGCAUGACUCGUCCAUAUGAUGUGGUUAAUCAAGGUCGACCCCUAACUGCAGAUCAGUCAUGGGCUACACUUGACAACGACGAUGCCUUCCGAUCCCUCAUUGACAAGCCUGGUCGUCUGCCCGACAAGGGUGGUCGUCCUCCGCCCAACAGGGGUCGUCCUCCGCCCAACAAGAGACUUCCUCAUGCACUCCACCAUGCUAAUGCUGACGGAGAUGGAUUAAUCGGGGAGGAGGAGCCUUCUCAUGCACUCCACCAUGCUAAUGUUGACGGAGAUGGAUUAAUCGGGGAGGAGGAGCCUCCUCGUGCACUCCACCAUGCUGAUGCUGACAAAGAUGGAUUAAUCAGGGAGGAGGUGCUCGGCGCCCUGGUGCACUAUGCUUAACAUAUAGUGAUCUUCCCUUAUAUAUAUAUAUGUAUAUAGUGUGUCUGGUAACAAGUUAGUAUAUAAAUGUAGUAGCUACCUAAGUUUCAACUUCACAUGAUGUAAGAACCAAGAGGCGGCCAGCUCCUUGUGUACUGCAAGGUUUAGUAAUGCUUGUAUGUGCUUUGGUUUAGUACUGCUUGUAUGUAUUUUAUAUGAUGAAGUACUAGUGCUUGUUUGUGUUAUAA